AUGGCCACCUUUGCACAACUUUUUCGGUCGAUAAGGGCUUUAGAAAGACCAUACAAAUCUCGACUUACUCCCAGAAGCUUCUCAACAUCGACUUUGCGAUCCAACGGCAGCAAUGAUUUCAUAGCCGGAAACGCACCUUCAUAUCAAUGUUAUAUCUUCCUACAUUCCUCGAUACCUCCGUCUGGGUUUCCGAGCAAGCUCAUGACACCUCUGCAACGUGAGCUACAGCUCAGAGUACUCCAGUGGGGCGGUUUCGUGAACUGGGUCUACUACGGUGCUGAUGCUCUUGGCUCAGAUCCCACCCAAAUUGACCUGGACAUUACGCUGUCUGCAACCGCUUUCACGUCUUACGGAGAGAGAAUCGAAAUUGAGGAGCUAUCACAUUCCAAUUUGGACGACGUCAACGCUAUUUUGAAAAACGCGGUUCAGCAACCAAACCGGAAGCUAUCUGUAGACCAAGUUCAUCUACUAAUAUGCACACACAUGGCUAGAGACUGUAGAUGUGGAGAUUUAGGUAGUGCAUACGCAGCCGCGCUAAGGCAAGAGGUUGAAGCGCGUCGAAAGUUAGACGAGGUCCAGUACGACAAGUUCAGAAUUGGGGAGGUUGGACAUGUUGGGCAACACAAGUACGCUCCGAAUAUGCUGGUUUAUCCUCGUGGGGAUUGGUUGGGUCGAUUGAAGAUCAAGGACAUUCCGGAGACGUUAAACUCAAUCAUUGAUACUUCUGCAUCGGUUCCCUUCCCAGAUGACAUCUGCUUUUCCAAACACAAUUGGCGCGGGAGGAUGGGACUAUCCAAACAAGAGCAACUGGAGCUAUUUCAUUCGUCUUAA